CACCCACCAUGUUUGCCUACACGAACUUCACGGGCAGAAUGCGGGAGUGUCGCGUAAAUGAAAAUCGUAUUUAUCUUACUACAGUUUUGCCUUCAAGACUAACAUUAGAACGUCAAGGUGUCCUAGGCAACGCUGACCUGUAGAGGGCAAUGCUGUACUAUCAGUCAUUGUUGCUACGUGCUGUGUUGUUCCUCGUCCUGCUUGGACUGACUCUCGGUAACAACUGCUCGGAGCAUUGCAAAGCAUGUGGUGGACCUGAAAGAAACCAGUGCCUGCAGUGUGUUCCUGGGUUCAUUCUCCAUGACAACGUGUGUGUGGACAUUGAUGAGUGUGGCACGGAACUGGAUGAAUGUCCAAUAAACACAUACUGCUUUAACACGCACUCCUCUUACGAGUGUAGAAGAUGUGAUCUUGCUUGUAUAGGCUGUAUGGGCAGUGGUCCUGCUCGCUGUAAGAAGUGUGCCCCGGGCUUCAGAUCAGUGGGCUUAAAGUGUUUAGACAUUGAUGAGUGUGGUGAGGAGGUGCUGGCCUGCUCCGACAUUAAUGCACUAUGUGUGAACACGAAAGGAUCGUUCCACUGCAAGUGCGCACCAGGGUUUACACGCAAUGAUGCCAUGUGUGUGAGGGACCAGACACCUGCAGGGCAAGUGAAGAGCCUGUUCGAUGAUCUCCAGGAUGAGGAGUGGAAGUCCUGAAAACAGAUGUUCUUUGGCGUGGUGCUAUGUGCUCUGGCCACGCUAGCUGCGAAGGGAGACAUUGUCUUCACUUCCAUCUUCAUAGGAGCUGUGGCUGCCAUGGCAGGCUACUGGGCCUCGGACAAGAGCGACCGCCUGAUCCAGGGCUUCCUGAAAGGUCGCUAGAGCCCGGAGAAGUGGAGUGACCACGCCCAUUAAAGAACUCAACACUGGACACUUGGCACUGAGAAUGGUAUUCAGUUUCAAAGGAUAAUUGAACUAGAGUUCUUGCCUCCAACAGCUUGGCAUCAAAAUCAGGAUUUGGUGAAUACUUUAAAACUUGUUUUGGACCUUGGAGCUGGCUUAGGCCCCCAGAGAUGCAGAAUAGGUGAAAAAGACAUACUGUUUUGUGUUAUACAUGUUUAAAAAAUAUAUGUGCAACAAUUUCACCCAUUUUAAUCUGAUCUGUCUAUGAAGAAGCCAUUUUAAUCUAUAUUAGUAAUCUAUUUAAUCUAUAUUAAUCAAUUUGAUUUGCUAGUAAUCUGCUUAAUCUAUAUUAAUCAAUUUGACUUGCUCUGAUCUUAUUUCCUUGUAAUUUUGUACUUGCAGAGUUGAAGAAUUUUGUUUGUUAAUCCAGUUUACUAAAAAAAUAAACUGUUGCUUUCCUGUAAAUUAA